AUGUCUAAAGAGUCACGAACUUUGCAAGCUAUAAAGUUUGAUCGACAGAAUGUAACCCUCGACAUUCUUGAUCAGCUUGUGCUCCCAUAUUCCACAACUUACAUUUCCAUCAAAAGCAUAGAUGAUGCAUAUAAUGCAAUCAAGUCCAUGCAGGUUCGUGGUGCACCAGCAAUUGCCAUAGUUGGUGCCUUUGCAAUUGUUGUUGAUAUAUAUAAUAAUUUAAAGUCCAAAGAUGGCAAUUCCUCAAUAGGUGAUUUGCAAACGUCAUUACAACAUUUGCUCAGAUCCAGACCAACUGCUGUCAACUUGGCAAAUGCAAUUAAUGACAUUGAACAAAUCCUUUGUAGUUAUGAAACCUCAGAAGUAUUAAAUGAAUCCAUUUACAAACAAAUUUUCGAUUAUGCAACAAGAUUAUACGACGAUGAUCUUGCAAACAAUCACAAGAUUGGUGAAAAUGGAUUGAAAUAUAUUGUUGAAUCUCUCAAGCAAGAAAAUUUCAAGGGUCCCUUUUCAAUCAUAACUAUUUGCAAUACGGGAUCACUUGCAACAUCGGGUCACGGGACAGCAUUGGGAAUUAUUAGAUCCACUUAUGCCAAACUUCACAAGGAAGUUUCAGGAGAGGACUUCUUCUUGGACCAUGUUUACCCUUGUGAGACACGACCAUACAAUCAAGGCGCCAAGCUUACUACUUACGAGUUGGACUAUGAAAAAAUACCGUUUACCUUGAUCUGUGACAAUAUGGUCUCCUCGCUUAUUCAAACACUUAAAAAUGAAAAGAAAGAUGUGCAUGGUAAAACCUCACCAGUUAAGUUUAUAAUUGUUGGGGCAGAUAGAAUCGUAAGGAAUGGUGACGCAGCAAAUAAGAUUGGAACUUUCCAGUUGGCUACUAUAGCUCAAUAUUUCAACUCAGCUCAAGACACAAAGAUUAAAUUCAUUGUGGCUGCUCCAAGGACAACUAUUGACUUGAAUACAGAAACCGGAGAUGAGAUUAAGAUUGAAGAAAGACCACACAAGGAAUUGACGACACUUGUUGGCCCAGUAUUGAACGGCCUGGAAGUCGGCGACAAAAUUACUGUGGGAAUUGCGACACCGGGAAUUACCGUUUGGAAUCCAGCAUUCGAUGUGACGCCACAUGGUCUUAUUGACAGUAUCAUAACCGAAGACCCAAUAGCUUACGUCAAAGACAAAAAUGGAAACUACAAUUUGACUUGA